AAACAUUGAAGCUGCUCUUCUCUUCACAGUCCUGCUGCUUCAGUAUGAACAGUCUUUAAAAAAACAAAAAAAGACAAGGAUCUGAAUAUCGACGACACACAGAAAGUAGAUGGAGGAAUCAGAAGGUACAGAUGAAUGCUACUGUGCGGGAUGUGGAGGAAGAAUUCAAGACUCGUUUCACAUGAAAGUCCUGCAGGACACCUGGCACAACGCCUGCUUUCAGUGCUCUGUGUGCUGUGAUCACCUGACCAACUGGUACUAUGAGAAGGACAGUAAGCUGUACUGUCGCAAACACUACUGGGAGAAGUUUGGAGAGCUCUGUCAUGGUUGCUCUCUGCUCAUGACUGGACCUGCUAUGGUGGCCGGAGAACACAAGUAUCACCCUGAGUGCUUUGUGUGUCUGAGCUGCAAGGUGGUGAUUGAAGACACAGAUACCUACGCUUUAGUUGAGCGAUCAAAACUCUACUGUGGAAAGUGCUACAAGCAGGUGGUCCUUACACCCAUGUUGGAAAAACGUUCACACGACUCAAUCCUAGACUCCCUGCCCCACACAGUCACCCUCAUCUCGAUGCCUUCUGCAGCUAACGGCAAGAGAGGCUUCUCUGUGUCAGUGCUAAGGGACGUCAGUGGUUCAGCAAGUGUUCAAGUUAAAGAGGUCAGAGGGAUGCUUAUUAGUCCAGAGGUGCGGAAUGCCAUCCACGUUGGGGACAGGAUCCUGGAGAUUAAUGGCCUUCCAGUGGGGACUUUGAUGGAAGAGGAGGUGGACGAUCUGAUUCACCGCACAAGCAACACACUGCAGCUGCUUAUAGAAUAUGACCCAAUCAGGCAGAGAUUGGACCGGCUCAGGCUGGGAUCACCCAGGAACCAUCUUGGAGUCCCAGCAACCUCCCGAAUGCGCCUGUCCUCGCCUAAUGCAGUCGUGGAGCGAACCGACGUGGUUGAUGACGGUACUCUGAAAAGGAGGUCUUUAAGGCGCAGUAACAGCAUAUGUAAGUCCCCGGGGCCAAAUUCUCCUAAAGAACAGCCUUUUAUCAUACGAGACAUUGGACGCUCUGAAUCUUUGAGAUCCUCCAGUAGCUGCUCUCAUCGUAUCUUCAGACCAUGUGACCUCAUCCACGGCGAGAUCUUGGGGAAAGGCUUCUUUGGACAGGCCAUCAAGGUGACUCAUAAAGCCACAGGAGAGGUGAUGGUCAUGAAGGAGUUGAUCCGCUGUGAUGAGGAGACCCAGAAAACUUUCCUCAAGGAGGUCAAAGUAAUGCGAAGCCUUGAUCAUCCCCACGUUUUGAAGUUCAUCGGUGUGCUAUACAAGGACAAGAGGCUCAAUUUGAUAACUGAAUUUAUCGAGGGAGGCACCCUGAAGGAUUUCAUCAGAGACAUGGAUCCGUUUCCAUGGGAUCAAAGGGUGAGCUUUGCAAAGAGCAUCGCCUCUGGCAUGGCCUACCUUCAUUCAAUGAGCAUCAUACACAGAGACCUCAACUCACACAAUUGCCUGGUUAAACUGGACAACACUGUGGUCGUAGCUGACUUUGGACUGUCACGACUCAUCGUAGAAGACAAAGUUAAACCUCCACCUGAAAAAGCGUGCACUAAGAAGAGGGUGUUCAGACGUAUUGACCGAAAGAAGCGGUAUACCGUCGUUGGAAACCCAUAUUGGAUGGCUCCAGAGAUGCUAAAUGGUAAACGCUAUGAUGAGAAGGUGGACAUUUUCUCCUUUGGAAUUGUUCUUUGUGAGAUCAUAGGGAAAGUCUAUGCAGACCCAGAGUGCCUCCCCCGGACUUUGGACUUUGGCCUGAAUGUGGGCAAGUUUGUGGAGAAAUUCCUCCCAGAGGACUGUCCGCCAGCUUUCUUUCCACUGGCUGUGGCCUGCUGUGACCUCACACCUGACAACCGUCCACCUUUCCAGAAGCUGGAGGACUGUUUUGAAGCUCUGUCCCUCAACCAAGAGCUGGGAAUCCCCCUACCAGCAGAACUGGAUUUGCUGCAUCAGAGUCUGAGUCAACUUCACUGGCCUAAAGAUGGCUCCCCAUCCCAGAGUACAGAUCAACCAACGACCCCAACAACAGCCUCUCCAGACUGUUCCAGCAUGACAGACAAUGGCACUUAGGACCAGUCUCUUUUUUUGUGAUACGUUCGAGACCCCUCUGAACUGCUGCACUAAUAUCAUGGAUGAGAAAAAGAGGAAAACUGAACCCGAGCCAUAUUAGAAACUGGAUAACCUGAGGUAGCUGGACCAAUCUGUGUGAGACCUUUUUAUUUUAGUGCCAGUGAGCUGCAAUGUGAGUGGAAGACGCAUUUCAAGAAAACAAGUGUUAGUUCAUUUUUUUUUUUUACCCUACUCGACACAGGCAGGGUUGUACUAAUGUUUACUGUGUAUAAAGACAAUAUGCAACUUUCUGCAGUUUUGUUCCUGACAGAGGGGAAGCAUCCUUAUUUGAUGGAAGAGCUUUUGUCCACAUUUGAUGAGUCCCCAUGUGACAGCAGUUUUGGUUUUCUGGCUCAGAAGUUGUUGUUUUGCUAAGUGUGGAAUGCACAGAACAGUCCUUGUCCAGCAGAGGACUCACUUCACUGCAGCAGCAAAGAAAACAGCUCCACAGUGUGAUUGACACACAUUGAGUAGACAUAGGGCAGGGCUUGAUGAAAACAGGUGUGACCUAAGAAAGCCGUGACAGCAUAUCACACACUGACCCCAAAUAGUUUCAUCACUAUGAGAUUUGGCACAAGAUGGUGAAAAGAUGUUUUGAUUUUAUAGUCUUAAGCACCACUGAGCCAAUGUCUGAUGAGAUGGUUACAAGCAUAGUUCUCUGCUUUGUGGCCAAAUGAUUUAAUUCCUUUCUCACAUGUUGAAUUAACACUAUUCAGAUUUUUUUUUCACUUUUGCUUAACUGACACUUAGUUCAGAGUUUGUAUCAUAAGACACCUGGUGCUUGUAGGCAGAAGCCCUUUUUUGAAAAUGUUGCAAUUAUGCAAGA